GAACCCGAACGGGUACCCAAGGCUAAACUAAAUCGAUAAUUAUUAUCCCCUAGCUAUAUAUGGGCUUAACCAAAUCGACAAUAGUUUUGGGCUUGUCUACACAUAAGCGAUUGAUUAAAAUAAAUGAAAAAGAAAAAUUCAAAAAAACCAGCCAAUAGAAUUAUAACAUUUUUCCUGAGAAGCGCUAUAUGAGUGCCACCUCAGCAGAAAUCACUAAAGUGACUUCUCUUUUAAUGUAUAGGGGGAUUUUCUUAAGAUUUCACCAAUGAUCGAUACGUAAAAAAAAGUCACUUAAGUGACUUCUCAGUUAAUAUAUGUAGGAUGCCUUCAAAUUAUCAUAAUUAAAAAUGUCCAUGUACAUUUUUAACAAAAAAAAUCUUAUUAAUUUCCUUUAUUUAUAAACAUAAGUAAGAUAAGAAAACUAAAAUAUGCCCCUUUAGAUCAGAUGCCCUAAUCAUAUAUAUAUAUAUAUAUAUAUAUAUAUAUAUAUAUAUAUAUAUAUAUAUAUAUAUGAGUUUGGUUCAAAUUUCUGGCUUUUGAGUUAUUCAAAUUUAUGAAGUAUAAUCAAACCGAAUUAAGAUCUAUAUAGGAUUGGUUCGGUAGAGUUUUUGAUUCAGUUGCAUAGUUUUUAUGUCAUGAUGAUCAAAAUUGAGUGAUUUUGGAUAAACUUAAAAUACUAAAAAGCUUAUUGUUGUCUACUCUAGUUGAUUGGCAAGUUCGUUGGGACAUUUUCUCUGGUAUUUGCCGGCUGCGCGGCAAUGGUGGUAAAUGAAACGUAUGGUAAACCGGUGACACUUCCUCGCAUAGCUAUGGUGGGGACUAACCAUAAUGGUUCUACUCAAUUGGUCAUGUCUCCGGUGCACAUUUCAACCUUGCUGUUGCCUUAGCUUCUUCUACGAAGUUCCCUUUUAAACAGGUGACCAAAGAGAAAAAACAUACUACUAUCAAAUUCAGUUCUUACAUUCUUAUAAAUGUUAGUAUUGUACCAAUCCAAAAAUAAUUAUAUGAGGGUAUUAUAUGACAUGCUGCCGAUAGCGAAUUUUGUUUUUGCUAAGAAUGCUAAUAUUAUAUUAAUGAUUUCAGAUUUUUCAAAGUAGAAUCUAGUGGCUACUCCACCUUGGCAAAAAAAAAAAAAAGGGGAGAGCAAUAAAGGUUAAAAAAAUAAAGGAGAGCAAUAAAAAAAAAUGCUAAUAUUAUAUUAAUGAUUUUUUUUGCUAAGAGUGCUAAUAUUAUAUUAAUGAUUUCAGAUUUUACAAAGUAAAAUCUAGUGGCUACUCCACCUUGGCAAAAAAGAUAAAAAAAUAAGGGAGAGCAAUAAAGGUUAAAACAAUAAAGGAGAUUAAAAAAAAAAAGAAGCUAAUAUUAUAUUAAUGGUUUUUUUUUUUUGCUAAGAAUGCUAAUAUUAUAUUAAUGAUUUUAGAUUUUACAAAGUAGAAUCUAGUGGCUACUCCACCUUGACAAAAAAGAUAAAAAUAAGGGAGAGCAAUAAAGGUUAAAAUAAUAAGGGAGGAAAAAAAAAACCAGAACGAGUCAGCUCUGGUGGUAAAGGGGUUGCGGCUGUAACUUCCGCCACCCGAAUUUGAUUUGCUCUGGAAGAGGCUAUUUACAUUGUUUGGGUUCCCGGCAAAGAACACCUUUUUUUUUUGUAAAAGUUAAAAAACCUAGAAAAAUUACAAUAACCAUUUAGACAAGAGGUUUCAAAAUUGCUUUCUCUUCCUCCUUGCCAGGAUUAUGUUCUUGACAUGUCUGUAAACCAUAUUCGCGAUCACUGCCGGGGCCAUAACACAAUUAUUAUGGUAAAUGUUGUUUCUCUGCCUCCACAGGUGGAAUACCGUAGCUUGAACUGCAAGUUUUCGUAGAAUGGAGGGACUGGUAGGAGAGGAGGCUCGGAUCCAAGAGAGGAGCUCACUCCAAUUCCAGAACAGCUGAGAGGGUGGAUUUAAGCGGGAGAGAAUCUGAUUCCAGACGUCCUUGCUGAACUGACACGUAAGAAGAAGGUGGUCCCUUGUCUCCGGUUCAAGUGAGCAAAGGCAGCAGUUUGUUUGUAAUUGCAGUCCCCAGGAGGCGAGUCUUGUUCUUGUGGGAAGCCUGUCGUAAUUGGCAACCCACAUUUUGAAUGAAUGUCGUAAUUAGCCUCCAAACCAAACACUAUCCGCCCAUUGCUUUUCAUCCUCGUUUGGUCGCAAUGCUUCCCAUGUCUAAGAUGAAGAGAACGUUGAGCCAUUGCUGCCUUCUAUCCUCCAUUCAUAAUACCAUAUUUGAGUUAAAUAAAACAAAUACUUUUCUCUGUAACAAACUUCCUCUUGAUUCUUUCAGCUCAAUCUCUAAUAUGGUAUCAGAGCGGUGAGAUUCACAUUUCCUGCUUCGUUUCCCCUCGAUCUGAGCCCCGUUCAACUCCAUUUCACUUCGAUUUCAGCUCCAGUCAUCUCCGAUUCACGAUUCGAUGUUAUGAGUCUUUCCAUUUUCGUCAUCGUCUUUGUUCGAUCGAUUCUUUUGGAGUUCUUUGCAAUCUAUCACUUUCUCUCAGUUGUGAUUGCUCUCUUGAUCUUGCGAUCCUCCGCUUAUUGAUCUAUCUUUAUGUUCAUCGACUCUUGGAUUCUUGAUUUUCAAUUUCGCCUUUACCUUCGGUUCGUGAUUUCGCUAUGCCUCCUUUUUAUGCGAAUGUUGUCAACUCUACAUCGACGCCACCGUCAUCUCAACAUCCGGUGAUGGCUAAGCAACAGCAUCGCUUCAAGAUCCGAAUUUGAAUCCUCUCUACGUUCACAGUGCGGAUCAUGUUGGUAUUACUCUUGUCUCAGAAAUUCAACUCAACUCUUUUCUACAUACAUAACAUGUAUUUAUACUCACUAGUCUACCGGUUUAUACAUUAAACCACUGGUUCAAUCAUUCUAAUAAUUCUGAUACACUCUAAUAUACAUAAUCCAUUUAUGCAUGCAUGAUAACAUUUUUAUUGACCAUGACGAUUUUGCAUGAUCAAUUCAUGAGUAUAUUUAAACAAACACGAAAAUUUUGUUAUCAAACAAACUAUGUAUUGUAUAUGAUGUUUGAUCAUUUUAUUUUAAUAAUAUUUUGAACACCCAAAAAAUCAUAAAAUAUUUUGAAUCUUGUUUUAAAGAUAAGUUUACAACUUCCAAUUUCCACUUAAUUUUUUUAUAGAAAAUAUAUAUUCUAUUUUGAAACAGGCCUUAGAAAAUAUUUUAUUUAAACAAAAUUAUCUUAAAAUUUGCCUUAGGUCCGUCAAAGCUUAUAAGCACAAGGCACAUAAAUAACAUGAUGAUUUCAUGAAUAUAGUAAUAUAAACUACUUGUGAUCAAUAUCUUUAUAUAGGUUCCGGGCUAUAUUGUUGCUCAAGUUCUCGGAUCAACCUUAGCGGCCGAAGCUCUACGGCUCGUCUUCAUCUGAACGACAACGUUUGCAGCCUCAAAGGCGAUGUUUAUGUGGGAACGUACCCAUCAAAUUCUAAAACUGCGGUGUUUGUAGUAAUUCAUCGAUACUUUCAACUUGAUCUUUGUUAAUUCGGCAGUAGCUACUGAUAAACGAGCAAACGAAUCAUUUGCAGGAAUUGCUAUUGGUGCAACCAUAGUACUCGACAUCUUGUUUAGCGGGUAGCUAAAUCCAAGCCCAUUGGAAUAUAUUUUAUAAAAUUAUUAUGAUUGUUUUUAGAAAUUGUGUAAGAAAUAUGGUUGUUUUUGAUAAAUCGAUUAGGCCAGUCUCGGGAGCAUCAAUGAAUCCAGCAAGAAGCUUAGGCCCUGAAUAUAUAUGGGGAUGUUAUAAGGAUUUAUGGUUAUACAUUGUUUCAACGGUCAUCGGAGGAUUAGCAUGUGCAUGGACUUAUAAUAUGUUACGGUCUACAAAUAAAUCAUAUGGUGAGAUAGUACGUCCAUAUUGCAAUAAAGUUUCUUCGAACAAUGGCAAAGAAGCAUCUCAAUACGAUUUUUGUGUUCUUCGAGUGGUUGACCCGAAUAACCGGAAAAUUUUCAUAUUUUCAUCUUCCACUGACUUUAACGACACAUGUAAUGUCACAUGCAAAUUGGCGUAACGGCAUGAAAAAAACCUCUCUCCUCAAAAACUUCUCACUAAAAGCUCUCGUCUUUCUCCCUUAUUCGGUUGUUCCGGCGUCGGAGGCGUUCUCUUCCUUCCUCCUCUUUGGUUUUGCUUUCGCCUCCUGUUGUUGCUUUAUUCCUUGGGUCGAUAUACUUGGAGUUAUGAUCUUUUACCUGCUUCUCAUCACGGUGAGACCUCGCCGUUUGUGGAGUUCGUCAGCCAUUUGGAGGUCCGGUGAGGCGCGUAAGGGUGAUUCAGCUCAGGGGGUCGGGUUUUAGGGAUUGAGAUUCGUCGGAGUUUCGUUUUCUCCUUUAGAUCUCCGGCGUGUUUCAAGGAACGGUGGCGCGUGGCUUUGCCGAGGGGUCUCUUCUUCCCAGAUCUGGGCUUCACUGGAAUCAUCUCUUUCGAUCUGUUCUGGAGGAGUGGGGUGGUGGCGCGUGGGUUCUCUGCUCGCUUGGUGUCUCGCGGCGGAAGCUCACCUCGCCGUCAUCCAAGAAGUUUUCGGUGUGUUUUUCACCGACGCGUGCAAGGAGGUUAGGUCGUCGUGUGUCGGUCGCAUCUUCUUGGUGGUGGCGCGUGCAAGUCUGUAGCUCGGCGGAGGGAGCGAGUCGUCUAUGGCUCCGGCCAAUCUCGGGUUCCGUUGCUUCUUCUUUGAUUCCUCAAGUCACGGCAUCCCAGCUAGCUCUCGGCUUGUGUCUUCGCGAUGUCACUUCUCCGAGCGUUUGAUGCUUGCUCUCAUUAGGAAGUUUGUCGCUUGUCUUCGAGAGCUUCCGGAUGGGUUUUGAAGCGGACAGUCCUCUGGUUCUCAGAGGUUGAGCAAGGCGGGUACUCGGUCCUUCUUUCGGUGGACUGGUCUCGAAGACAGCUUGCGCUGAAGCUCAUCAUCCCAGCGCCAGGGUUUUAGUCAUUUGGCUGCUCUAGUGGAUGUGUUUCUAACCGUUUCGUUGCAGGUUUCGUUCUAGUUGGUUUGUGUGUUGCAGCCUCUUUCAAUCCCGUUUUUUAGUUUUAUGUUUGCUUGUGUUGUUGUCUGUUUUUUUUCUUGUGUUUAGGUUGUGAUAGUUUUAGAUCGUGAUGUUGUGUUGUAAUCUCUCUGAUCUUCAUGGUGGUAAUGGAUCAUUCGGGGAGGAGGAAGCGGAGACUUGUUCUCCCGCCCCGAUUAACCGGAACCAGCCGGUGAUCACCGAUGUUGGGUCUGGGGUUAUGAUAAGCGGCUUGUCUGUGUAUCCUUCUUAGAGUUGGGUCCGGAGUUUAGCGAAGUAACCCGUCUGUGUAUCAUUCGGAAGUGUAGCGGAGCAGUUUUAGGUUGUACGGAUUUUAUCUGAGUCUCUGUUUGUAUCCAUUACUUAUGCCCAUUUGGGAUGAUGAAUAAAAGUCGGAAUUUAAAUUAAAAAAAAAAAGUUGGCGUAACAGACAUGUGUUGUACCAAGAUUUGCAUAUAAGUUGGACAUAUAGGUCACAAACUUGUAUGACAAAACUGAAUAAAAUUGUUUUGAGCUCAAGGGUCAAAAUAUUGAAUAAAGGAAGAAUUGGCUAAGAACAUCAUCAAUGGUUAAGUCUCUCAGACAUAAAUUCUUAAGCACUUAUAUUAAUAUUUUAGUUCAAUUUAUUUAUCUGAUUUAAAUUUAAUAUUUAAAAAACAAGAACACCAAUAAAAGAGAAACAUCUGUAGAAAUCAAUUCGAUCAAUGUUCUCUUUCUUACUUUACUAUAUUUUACUAUUACUUUUGUGAGAGACUUUUCUUCCGAAACAACCAUUAUUCAUGUUCUAAUGGACCAUAUUAAGAAAUGGUUUGUUUCUUUAUACCUUUGAUUGUAUUACUUUUGUCCCAACAUGCCUUUGCUUUUAUAAAUACGAAAUUAACCCUCUAAUUUAUAAUUUAGUACAAAAUGACUGUCUAACCUAAUUUAUAAAUUAUGUUGGCUAAUUAAGAAAUAAUAGUUAAAUAUGUAUAUAGUUUAUCUAUUUAGUUUAUUAAUAAAGUAAUUCUAAAUAUUUAGUCCAUUUUUGUCACGAUCAACAUUGUGUUCUUCGCUAAGAGAAAAACAUUUUCUCUCAACCUCUCUUGGUGAUCUUGGCAAUUGAUUACGGGGAAUCUUAUGAACUCUGUUUAGAAAUUUCGGCCAACUAUCACCGGCUCAUCGUCAUCCUCUUCAUGUUAUGUCAGAGCCUCUUCUGUUUCUGGAUAUUCAAGGUGAUUGUCAGAUUAAACCUCGUAAAAAAACCUUGCUUCUUCUGAAUAAAGGAAUAAGAUCGUUGAAUCAAAAAAAAAGUUGAAUUCAAUUUGAUCCAAUGUAACUCAACGUCAAGUACAAGAUAAGUUUGAAUAAAAUUAGUUAGGAUUUCUUCUUAGAUUUUCUCAGAUUUAUAAAUAUAUGAAAAUAUAGAAUACAUAAUAUAGAAUACAUAUAUUUUUCUUAAAAGAACAUAAACAAAAGGUUGGAAUACAUAUUAUAAAAUGAUAGAACUUAGGGAAGAUGUUAGAAUUUAAAUUCUACCACAUUUCACUGUUUUAUCUACGAUAUAUAAUAGAAUAAGGGAUAAACACAAGUUAACGUUUUUAUUUUUAUUUUUCUACAAUAAAGUAAAAAGCGUACAAUACAUAUUGUAUUAAGAAAAACAAAGAAAUUUGGUUAUAACUCAGGCACACGUAUUCUAUAUUUGGAUAGAUCAUAGUACGUACUUUACAUACGAAUUAUAACUUUUAUAAAACGUUUAAGAUAAACUAGAAUAUCUAUUUUAUCCUUGUAAAAGGGUUAUAAUAUACGUUGCAUACUAUAAUAUAUAUAAAAAAAGGGCAACAUAUAAGGGAGAUUUAACCUGCAUGCUCAUUUUUUUAAAUAAAACCUUUAUAAACUAAAACAAUAUAAAACUGAUGUACCUGGCACUUGCCACACUUCCUUAAAUCCGCCUUACUAUGAUGCUAUUUUUGGCUCUUUUCUAAGAAGAAUUCGUCAACAUGAAAUUGUCAUGCUGUAUAGAAUAUACAAUUCAACUUCAUCAUUUGCUUAUAAACUAACAAAAACUAGAGUUCUCAAAUGAGCAAACCAUUAACAUUUUCUGAGAAAAGUAUCUUAUCAAUGGCCGAGAUCUCUGGUAUUACUGUUCGGACACAAACCACCAUCUUAAACAUCGAAGAUGGUAGAUCCAGUGGUGAUUCCCGGUUACCAGAUUCCCCCUGUUCUCUUAUAUGCAUAUCCUUCGUUCAAAAGUUGAUAGGCGAGUUCGUGGGGACAUUCUCUCUUGUAUUUGCGGGAUGCUCGGCAACCGUGGUAAAUGAUACGUACGGUGAACUGGUGACACUUCCCGGCAUAGCUUUGGCAUGGGGUCUAACCGUAAUGGUUAUGACCUACUCAAUUGGUCAUGUCUCCGGUGCUCAUUUCAAUCCUGCUGUUUCCAUUGCGCUUGCUUCUUCUAGAAAGUUUCCUUUUAAACAGGUACCGGGGUAUAUUGCCGCUCAACUUCUCGGAUCAACCUUAGCGGCCGAAGCUCUCAGGCUCAUGUUCCAUCUGAAUAACAACGUUUGUAGCCUCAAAGGCGAUGUUUAUGUGGGAACACGCCCUUCAGGUUCCAACACAGCGACAUUCAUAGUGGAACUCAUCGCUACUUUCAACUUGUUGUUUGUUAUUUCGGCUGUAGCUACUGAUAAACGAGCAAACAGAUCAUUCGCAGGCGUUGCUAUUGGUGCAACCGUAGUACUCAACAUCUUGUUCAGCGGACCAAUCUCGGGAGCAUCAAUGAAUCCAGCAAGAAGCUUGGCUCCUGCUUAUAUAUGGGGAUGUUAUAAGAACUUAUGGUUAUAUAUAGUUUCACCGGUUAUUGGAGCAUUGAUAGGUGCAUGGACUUAUAAUAUGUUACGGUCUACAAAUAAAUCAUAUGGUGAGAUAAUACGUCCAAAUUGCAACAAAGUUUCUUCGAACGAUCACCAAGAAGCAUCUCAAGACGACUCUUGUGUUCUUCGAGUUGUUGACCCAAAUAACCGGAAAAUUUUUAUACUUUCAUCGCCCACAGACAUCAACGAAACAUGUAAUGUCACUUGCAAGUUGGCAUAAAAGACAUAUGUGUUGGUACAGAAUACCACCACUGUUUUAAAAAGAUGUAUGUUCUAAUUAAUUUUUUACACAUUUAAAAAAAAAUCAUAAGUAGUCUUGGUUAUCAAUGAAUUAUUUUUUUGUAGCUAAUUGUUCUCCAUAACUUUUAACCAAUAUAAUUUCAAUAACCAUGUUUUUUGUUAAGUUUACAAUUUUUAACUAGUAUUAUGGUUCAUGCUAUGCAUGGGCAAAAGGAUUGUUAAACUAUUCAUACCAAAAUAUAAUUUUUGAAAGUGUAUAACACGAAUUUAAUUUAAGAAAAUAAAAACAAAUUUAAAUUCUAAAAGGAAAAAAAUAAAAAUUUAUUGGCAAUUCACGAAUUAGGUAAUGAACUUUUUCCUUAACAAUUACACAAUGAAUUUGAACGACAAUUUGAAGAUGAACUAAAACCUAAAAAUAAUACAAAACUAAUUAUAAAACUAUUUAGAAGACUUUUUGUCAACAUUUAGAAGGCUAAGUACAAUAAAAAUAUAUAUAUUUUAUACUGAAUCUAAAUAUGUAAAAACACCAGAUGAGAACAUGUGUGUUUAGUAUGACCCCGUCCCAAAAUUGAUAGGUUCAUUUCAAAUUUGAUAAGACUCUCUCGAGUUGAACCCCAAUUGAAGUUUCUCAAACGUGAAACAAAAGAUCUCUAUAUUAUUAUUUGAGAAAUCAAUUUCUUACAUGUCGGUAUUUACGGUAACUCUCACGAUGUUGAUUACAUAGAUACUUUUAAUGAACUAAAAUAUUAUAUAUGAUUGAUAAUAAUCAUGUAUUUCCUUUUUCAUAAUAAGAUCUUAGUUAACUUUUUAAUUUAAUUUCCUUUUCUAAAAACACAUAAAUAAAAAAGGAAAUAUUUAUAAAAUAAAAAUAUAAAAUUAUUAUA